UAGUUAAAAACACCCACAACACUUGUAUUCCUGUCCCUUUCUUGCACUUCCGUCAAUCAUCUGUUUAGUCUAUGGUAUUUCACAAGUGUCGUGCUGUGUCGAAAGUGGACUAUUUGUAAAUAUUGUAUAAUUGUAAAUAAUCCGUGUUUCAUGUUUUGGAAAUAUUAAUUUACAUAUUUAAUUAUUCGUGUAAGUGCUUAAUGGAUGUGAAGGUGAUAUAAAGCUGAUAAACAACGGUUAAAUCGCAAUGGUGAUGGAAGCCGAUCCAAUUACGGAAAAACACACGGACGAACGCGUCCUACCGCCGCUGAAACCACGCGCGGGCGGCGACGUCAACGUCAUCCCGGAGCGUUCAGUCAGCUCACUGGACCUCAUGUCGUACUCCGCGCCUUCCAACUUAGUCCUAACACCAGCUCCAGAAUGUCGAAAGUUGUCCCGAGGCAUAUCGCGAGCGACGGACAACGAGGGUCUGGUGUGGGCGCUCCGCAGCAACACUGAGCCUGACCUGCAGACCCUGAGCUCCGAACACAUAUUACUGCUGCCCGAUAUAUCUAUAUAUCCCCCGGAGUUCAGAACAUUUAUCGAAAAGGACCUUCUCGAGACAGCCACACUACACACAUUAGAGUCUUCCUGUAUUCUCAACUGGUGGCGGCAAGGGCGCGUCCCAGGCGCCCCUAGACUUCUGCCACUAGCUACGUCAGGGGAUGGAAAUUGUCUGCCUCAUGCGGCGUCAUUGGCUGCUUAUGGCUUUCAUGAUAGAUUACUAGCAUUGAGGACGAAAGUCCAAGCAUUGCUGUGUGGCGAAGGCGGAGAUGCGCUCACAAACGCCAUAAAACGCCGCUGGCGCUGGUCGGAAAGCCUCUCCCUCCGCAGCGCGGGCCUCACCCCCUCCGAGGCCGAAUGGGAGCGCGAGUGGCAAGACGCCGUGCGCGCCGCUUCCGCGCAACCACGCCCCAAACCCGCUCCUAGCGCGGCCCCACAUUAUGAUGGCUUGGAACAACUUCAUGUGUUUGCUUUGGCACAUGUAAUGAGAAGACCCGUCAUUGUCUUUGCUGAUGUCGCUUUGAGGGAUUUCCGGGGCGACCCGGUAGCCCCUAUCCCAUUCGGCGGCAUCUACCUCCCGCUCGAGCUAGAACCGGCCGUGUGCAGCAAAGCGCCCAUAUUGCUGGCCUACGAUGCCGGCCAUUUUUCCGCACUGGUCCCCUGCGAGCCGUUGCCAACUGACGGCGCUAGAGUGCCGCUCGAGGAUAGCACGGGUACCGCCAUGCCUAUCAGAUUCAAUGUCGACCCCGGCGAAGAUUUCCGCUGGGACACCGAACCGGACCAGAAAACCAUAAACAAUCUCCUCCCCGACGAAUACCAACGUUCAGCCAUGAUGGCGGCCUACCUCGACCUUGAACGCGUCGAGUGUCUCUCCCAAAACCCUCCUCCAGAAGAACUUAGAAGAUCUCUCGACGCACUAUCAACCAAGAGCUCGAAACAGUUGAAUUCCGUGGCUAAACAAUUUGGUAGUAUAGGCAGAUCUAUGAGUAGUAAAUUAAAGAAGAAUUUUGGUUCUAUGGCGAAAUUAACGGGGAAGAGUCAGAGUAAUCCAGAGGAGGGUUUGAUGAGAAGACAGAGCACGUGUGAAGUGUUAUGCUGUAGGGUGCUGGCGGCGCGAGCACCCGUGCAAGAAGAGAUGGUGAAGAAUUAUCUUAAUGAGACGUGGAUUAGCUUCACUGCGGAGAAGAGCCGCCGCUCGCAGCCGGCCUCCCCCCCCUCCCCAGGCCCGCGCUACGGCACGGGCCGCUCGCAGUUCUACGCGGACGCGGGCGCGCCGUCGCACGCGCACGCGCGCGCGCUCGCUGACAAGUCCGCCCGCCCCGCGCCCGACCGCACGCUCUACCUCUCCAAGUCCACGUUCUACGACGACCGCCCGCCCGAGCCGAAGCCCUGCAAGGCGCACCUCUGUAUGUAUUAUGGGAGCCCCGAGAAUAACGACUAUUGUUCCAGGUGCUCCAGGCUCCAAUAUGAAUAAGUGCAAGUGCUUCCCUGGUGGUGUUGCGGAUUUUUUUACAGAUCUCUAAAAAUGUUAACCUUUAAAAAAAAAUACCGAAUAAAAUAUAAUUACCACUGGUAACUGUGGUUACCAGCUGUCACCCUUAUUUUAUUAUAAUAAUAGAAGUCACUGAAAAAUAUCAAGCACGUGGGUGGAUAUAAACCAUACGAAAUGACGAUCAUAUUGAAAAUACUUCAUUCUUAAAACUAAACGGCCUCAGUCCUUAAGACCAUUUUCGCUUAGCAGUACGGAAUCUGGUGGCUGCACUCACUGACCCAAAAUCUAUUUCCACCCUGUAUAGGUCAUUGGCGAAUAGGGCCCUCUUAAGUUUUUUACCUUUAUGCUGGGCCACCCGGCUGAGCUAGUGGAGCGAGUAAUCGCCCGUCGCACGCAAACACUCGCUUAUAGCUCAGCGUCUAAACUAGUAAAACUAUACUCGCUUCUCGCCGCUCGCCCACUAGUUUGUAGUUUAUAGUUUCACUCGCUUAUAGUUUGUAGCCGGCGGUGGGACCAGUGCCUAAAAUUUAAGUACUCCAUGUAUUAUCCGACCUAUAAACAAUUUGAUUUGCAGCAGCUCAGAAAUAAUCAAACCCUUCCCUAAAUUUAAUACACAAAAUAUGAAAAAAAAAAACCUUCACGCGUAUAGUAGUUCGUUUUGUAACCGGCCCAAACGGCUAAUCCUUUGUCUAUUAUAAGUAAAACGGCACGUGCUACUUACCUGCAUAAAAAAGUUUCAUUCGCUUUAACCGGUUGUUGAUUUGCGACUCUACGCGAACUACAAUAAGAUUCAAAAUGAACUAAUUGAAAAAUAUGUUGCGAGGCUGUGUGCGGUCCCUCUACGGUUAUUGUGUGCCGGCGAGUCUAACGCUACAGAACCAGUCUAAAAUGCGUCAUCGAGAUGCGUAACAAAGGCGAGUUAUCGGAGAUCGCACUUACACUGGUUUUUUGAGCGUGCGACUAGCCCGCGCUCAGGUGCCAAUUAGAAUUAUUUUUUGCAAGUAGCACUUGCGGUUUUACUUACAAUAGACAAAGGAUAAGCCGAUCGGGGCCAGCCACAAAACGAACGACUAUACAUAUCUAAUGAUAAUAAUUUAAAUCCGCAACACUGCUUCCAAAUAUCAGAGUUCUCUAGUUCCGUUAGAUUAUAAUAAUUUAAAAUAAGAAAGAAUGGUAAAGUCAUAUUGGGAGUUCUUAAAAUAUGUUCUCUUUCUAACAAACAAUGUCAAAAUGACAGAUCACAGCAAACAAUUAUUUAUCAAGCAGACCUGCAAGCGAUACUACAUGAAUCAAAAAAACAACAUCGGGCAAAAUUAAAACUUGCGACCUUUAGGAAUACCUGUUUAAUCGCUCUUAACCUGUCGUCUACCCAGAGCGGAUAUUACCGGUCAAAAAAGCCAACUACAUUCUUCUCACUCUGACCAGUAUUUUUAGCCCCGUAUUUGUUACGUACGUAGAUUUUAACCCCAAUCAAAAAGCAAUUUUAUUAAAGUCGAAAAGCAAUUUUAUUAAAAAUAUAAUUCUAAUCAAAAAGCUGCAUUUUCGACUGCGAAUUUGCUCGGGUGCAAAAAAAUCUGUCGUAACAAAUCUGGGGCGGCCCGCGCGGGUGGGGAGCGGGAGACACGGGCAACACGUAAUUUGCCGGUAAUAUCCGGCGUAGGUAGAUAGAGAGAUUCUUUUUUUGACAGCUUGGUAGACGACAGGUUAAGCAACUAAGCUACCAAAGCUUACCAGAAGCGUGCGAACUUUUUUUUUCCUUUUUGUUUACAUGCCUUAGGGAGUUAAACUUAAAAAAAUGUACACUUACAUUUAUUUAAACAUCAUUUAUUCUUAUUUAACGUUUAUAGAACUUUUUUGAAUAUCGGUAUAAAAUACUUGCCUUAAGUUUUUUUUCUUCAAUAUACUUAUACCUCCCGUUGUUCCCAUUCUUGUUAAUUCAAAUCUGUUAUUGGUUAUCUAAAAAUAUUAAUUAAUAUAUAACAUCUAGUCGACAAAGAAAUCGACAUUUAUUGUUUCGAAAAUACAUAUACAAUUAAAUAUACAUAUUUAUCAAAGAGGAUUUGAAAUAGAAGCGGAUUGUCAAAGAAAACUUUGUAGCCACAGUAAAUUUACUGCCAUUUUUCGACACAAGAUUAAAACUUUUAGAACGCCAUUUGACUUUCAUCCUUAUUGUUUCACUGAUAUGUGUUAAAUUGGUUAUAUAUCAAAAAGAGUCGCCAUCUAAUAGAAGAUAGGCCAAAGGUUAUGGUCCAACGGCUCCAAAGGAUGCCGCGACAUAACCGAGUGAAAGAAUAAGAAUCAAAGUCAAAUGGCGUUCUAAAAGUUUUAAUCGUGUGUCGAAAGAUGGCAGCAAAUUUACUGUGCCUACAAAGUUUUCUUUGACAGUCCAGCUCUAUUUCAAAUUAACUAUGAUAUUUAUUAAAUAAUAUCAUUUAAGAAUUCCCAAUAUAUAGAGAAAGCAGUUAUAUUUUUAUGAGGCAAACUAUUUUCGUACAUUAAUAAAAAUUGAUCUUAGUUAUAAGCUCGUUAUAAGAUUCUAAUAGGAUAAGUUUUCAAAAUUUUAAAUUAUCUUGAUAAGAUAACUCAUUUGUAUAUAUUUUUUAAUUAAAUCAAGGGUUUUUGCAUCCAUAUUUACCAUUUAACCGGUAUAUAGAGAGAAAAUGGGGAAACCACUUUCUUUCGAUCGAAUUUUCGGUUUCGGCAGAUUUCUGCCAAACCUAGUGUAAAACCGAACCUUCGAUGUCGGCAAAAAUCCAGAUUCGAUCGGACACAACUUAUGAGUCUUAUCAAAGAUAAUUUGAAAUAGAGGUGGAUUGUAAAAGAAAAGUAGCCACAGUAAAUUUACUGCCACCUUUCGACACAUGAUUAAAACUUUUAGAACGCCAUUUGGCUUUGAUACUUAUUCUUUCACUGAUAUAAUAUGUUAAAUUUGUUAAAUAUCAAAAAGUGGCACCAUUUCAUAGAUGACGCCACAACCUUUGGGUUAUGCCCGGUAAGAUGGCGCCACUUUUUGAUAUUUAACCUAUUAUAUCAGUGAAAGAAUGAGGAUAAAAGUCAAAUGGCUUUCUAAAAGUUUGAAUCAUGUGUCUAAAACAUGGCAGUAAAACUGUGGCUACAAAAUUCUCUUUGACAAUCCACCUCUAUUUCAAAGUCUCUUUGGUAUUAUCGAGCUUAGUGUGAGUCUAUGUAUUUCUGUAAAAUUUAAUUAAUAACAACAAAAAAUGGCGGUUAAAAGGUAAUUUACUAACACAAGCCGUCGUGUGAUUUUAAUUCCUUAUAUUAUAAUCAAAGAGUUAUUGAUUUGUCUCGAUUAAUUUUGUAUUAAGAGUCCGCAGCAAGCGCGGCCGAAUUCCACCUUCCCAUACAAAUGGAGUUUCGUUCUCAUUUUAAAACUACGUGUUGGAUUAUAAUGAAACUUUGCACAUACAAUGACAUGAAGUAUAUCUAUGCCUGUAAUUAGUUUAUAUAGCUGAGCUUAUGAAACAAACGAAAUAGAGCAAUAACAAGUUUUGUAUGAAAAAUUUAAAUUCUCUGCAUUUUUUUAAUUAUGGUUGCUGACGCUACAUGAAUUAGUUGGGAGAAUCAACUUUUUAGCGUCACUCGUUGCCAUGGUUACGAUUAGUUGUCCAGGAGACAAAAGUUCAUUGAAAUACUGAUUUUAUGGUACUUAAAUGUAUCAAACUUGCGUUUUUGUGGUCGUUAUAACCAAUGUCCAUAAUGGGCCCCUUACUAAGCAUGUUAAUAGAACGGCAUACAACGUCUCUUCAAACAAACUGUGCCACUGUUGUCCCUUGGACAACGGGACAGGAUAACAAUACAAAAAAAGUUGAUUCACCCAGUUACAGGCAUAGAUAUACCUUAUCUUAUUGUAAGUACAAAGUUUCAGAGCAGUAGGGCUAAGAUGGUCGGCUCUUUAUCAUUUGUCGCCAUGCCUGUCACGUUCUAACAAGCAUAUAAGUGCGAAAGUGACGGGCAUAGUGACAAGCGACAAAAAUGGAACCAUGAUGUCACCGCUGUCUAGCUAGUCGUUUUAAAAUGAGAGCAUCACUACGUUUGCAUGGAGAACCGAGAGAACAGUAACGUCUGUCUCGUCGGACGCAGUGAAUUAUUCCACUAUUCACUUAUUUCUAAAAAUUUUCUCUUUCUAACAAACACAAAUAUCAAAAUGUUAGAUAGGGACAAACGAUUUUCAUAAGACCUGAUUUUAUACCUCUUCCACUAUUAAUAACAAUAACUCUUAGAUAAAAUGCAAUGUCUAAGCGACUGGUUAUGGAACAAGUGCCAAAAGUGGCUUACAAUAUUUAGCAGGCACAGGCAGGGGGGGGCAGCUCCCCCCCCCCCCCCCUAGAGCUCAACUUUUACAUACAAUGUAUGCCCCACUAUGAUUGUUAUCGUACUUAGUUGGGUCAUAAGUUCUGUCACAAAGGUUUUGACUGAUAAAAUUUAAUACAAAGCUUUUAAUAAAAAAAGUUUGCCAUGAAUUGAAAGUUUGUUUUAUACUGAUCAAAACGUAAUAUAAUUCGUUUAAAAUAUAGAUCGCGUCUUAAUUUACUACUUGUUUACUUUGGGAUUGAUGUUAGACGCAAAUACGCGGCUGGAUCGUGAAAAAUUAUACUUUACCAAAGGGAGUAAAAAUCAGUGUCACAUUAAUGAAAUAGGUACAAUCGUUUAUUUGUAUGAACCUACUUUAUUCGAACGUUAUUUUAUCACCAGCAGUUAGUUCUCCGACAAGUCUGUACUUCAGCUAAUACCCUUCAAACUUAGGGUAUUUUUCAGUGAUACGCAAAUUUUAGACUGCUAUCCUACGAGUAGGUUUGGUAAAACACGUACA